AUGUCACAUGGAAGAAUUCCAGGACGUAUUGCUCUCGUCACCGGAGCAUCGUCAGGCCUAGGCAGAGCGAUCAGUCUUCGAUUCGCAGCAGAAGGAGCCAAAAUAUGCUGUGUCGAUCUUUACGACAGGCCACGGAACAAGACCAAUGCCACCACUGGCAAAGCCGACGACUUCAAUAAUCGAAUUGAAGGCGAAAGCACCGUUGAAGACAUUACAACACCAACCAAGCUCAUUCAUAUAGGCGUCAAAAAGUACGGCCGCCUCGAUAUUCUCGCGAACAAUGCGGGCAUCUCAGUCGAAUCAACACACGCAGUGCCCCAUGGCAUCCACGAGCUUUCCGAAUCGGACUGGGACAAGACCAUGGCUAUCAAUGUGAAGGGGGUCUUCCUUGGCUGCAAAUACGGCAUUCGGCAGAUGCUGAAGCAAGACCCCCUACCCGGCCGGAAAGAUCUCGGGUGGAUCGUCAAUACGGCGAGCGUCCAAGGCUUGGUAGCAUAUCAUAACACUCCUGCUUACACCGCUUCGAAAGGCGCUGUCGCUCAGUUGACGAAACAAGUAGCACUCGACUACGCUGCAAAUCGAAUCCAUUGCAAUGCGAUAGCGCCAGGCUUUUUGCGGACGAUCAUGACGCAGAAUCUACAGAACGAUCCGGACAAGUUUGCUGAGAUCAACAAAGCUCAUCCGUUUGGAGGCAUGGGUUCACCGGGGGACGUGGCAAAGGCUGCGUUGUUUCUUGUCAGUGACGAUGUUGCAUGGAUAACGGGCGUGAAUCUCCCUGUUGAUGGAGGGUAUAUGAUUAUGUGA